AUUGAUAGAGAAUCUGCUGAAUCCAACUGUGUGUCUAUGAAGAGUGAUCAUUCAAUGGAUCGUCCACCUGUGUUCAGUUCAGGAGACUCUGGUGCAGAUGUGAGUAACACAACAGAUGAAUCAAAGUCCUUCAAAGGGAAGCAGAUGGAUUCAGUUUUUCAGGAUCUUGAAGACAAAAUCAUCUCUCUGAUGAAGAAAGAGCUGAAGAUCUUCAAGAAUCUACUGAGCUCAGAUUACCCAGCAUGCUCUGAGAGAGAGGAGGAGGAGGAUGAAGAUCAGAUCAGAGUCAGAGAGGAGCUUCUGAAGAUCACACUGCACGUCCUGAAGAAGAUGAACCAGACAAACCUCGCUGAUAAACUACAGACCAAACUUUUACCUUUGUUUGUGAAAAAACACAAAUCCAGACUAAAGGAGAAAUUCCAGAGAAUAAAUGAAGGAAUAUCAAGUCAAGGAAACUCAAGACUUGUGAAUGAGAUCUACACAGAGCUGUACAUCACAGAGGGAGGGAGUGAAGAACUCAAUAAUGAACACGAGGUGAGACAGAUUGAGACAACAUCCAGAAGAUCAGAGACACAAGAAACAUCAAUCAAAUGUAAUGACAUCUUUAAAGCUUUACCUGGACAAGACAAACACAUCAGAACUGUGCUGACUAAAGGAGUUGCUGGAAUUGGAAAAACCGUCUCUGUACAGAAGUUCAUUCUGGACUGGAGUGAAGGAAAAGCAAAUCAGGAUCUCCACUUCAUAUUUCCACUUCCAUUCAGAGAACUGAAUCUGAUGAAGAACACAAAUAUCAGUCUGAUGGAUCUUCUUCAUCAGUUCUUCACAGAUACAAAAGAACUGAGAUCAAGAGACUUUGAUGUCUAUAAAGUUGUGUUUAUUUUUGAUGGUCUGGAUGAGUGUCGACUUCCUCUAGAUUUCUCAAACAAUCAGAGUUUGUUUGAUGUAAGAGAAAAAGCUUCAGUGGAUGUGCUGUUGACAAACCUCAUCAAGGGGAAUCUGCUUCCUUCUGCUCUGAUCUGGAUAACAUCACGACCAGCAGCAGCCAAUCAGAUUCCUCCUGACUUUGUCCAACAGAUCACAGAUGUACGAGGAUUCAAUGAUCUUCAGAAGGACGAGUAUUUCAUCAAGAGAAUAAAUUAUGAUUGUUUGUCCAACAGAAUCAUCAAACACAUCAAAUCAUCCAGGAGUUUGUACAUCAUGUGUCACAUCCCAGUCUUCUGUUGGAUUACAGCCACUGUUCUAGAGAGAAUGUUGAGUGAAUCAGAGAGUCAAGCAGAGAUCCCCAAGACUCUCACUCAAAUGUUCACACACUUCCUGAUCUUUCAGACCAAACUGAAGAGUCAGAAGUAUGAUGGGAAAUGUGAGGUAGAUCUUCAACAGGUUAGAAAGAGUCUUCUGUCAGUGGGAAAACUGGCUUUUCAACAGCUGGAGAAAGGGAAUCUGAUCUUCUAUGAGGAGGAUCUGAGAGAUUGUGACAUUGAUGUCAGAGACGCUUCAGUGUACUCAGGAGUUUGUACUCAGAUCUUCAGAGAGGAGUUUGGACUGAACCUGGGGAAGGUCUACAGCUUUGUGCAUCUGACCAUUCAGGAGUUUAUCGCUGCUUUAUAUGUCUUUCUUUCAUUUUCUCAACAAACAUUAGGACUCUUCAGCAUGUUCAGAUCAACUAUGAUUGAUUUACUGAAGAGUGAAGUGGACAAAGCCUUACAGAGUGAGAACGGACACCUGGACCUUUACCUCCGAUUCCUUCUCGGUCUCUCACUGGAGUCCAAUCAGAUGAUCUUACGAGAUCUACUGACACAGACAGGAAGAAGAUCUGACCGCAGACAGGAAAUAGUUGAGUACAUUAAGAUAAAGAUCAGAGAGAAUCAAUCUCCAGAGAAAUCCAUCAAUCUGUUUCACUGUCUGAAUGAACUGAAUGAUCAAUCUCUAGUGAAUGAGAUACAAACAUAUCUAAACAGAAAAGACAACAGUUGUCUCUCUGGAGUCAAACUCUCUGCCUCUCAGUGGUCGGCUGUGGUGUUUGUGUUACUGAACUCAGAUCAGAAGCUGGAUGAGUUUAAACUGAGUAAAUAUGAUCCAUCAGAUGAAUGUCUUCAGAGGCUGCUGCCAGUGAUCAAAGCAUCCAGAAAAGCUGAUCUGAUGAACUGUAAUCUGACAGAGAAAAGUUGUUCAUCAUUGAGUUCAGUUCUCAUCUCAAACUCAUCAAGUCUGACAGAACUGAAGCUGAGUGGAAAUGAACUGCAGGAUUCAGGAGUGAAGCUUCUCUCUGAUGGACUGAAGAAUACAAACUGUAAACUGAAGAUAUUACAUCUGAGUUGCUGUAAUCUGACAGAGAAAAGUUGUUCAUCAUUGAGUUCAGUUCUCAUCUCAAACUCCUCAAGUCUGACAGAACUGAACCUGAGUAACAAUAAACUGCAGGAUUCAGGAGUGAAGAUUCUCUCUGAUGGACUGAAGAAUACAAACUGUAAACUCAAGAUAUUAAAUCUGGAGUUCUGCAGUAUUGGAGAUGAAGGUUUUGUUGCUUUGGCUUCAGCUCUGAGAUCAAACCCAUCACACCUGACUGAACUCAAUCUGGGCUUUAAUAAUCCAGGAGAUUCAGGAGUGAAGCUGAUCUCUGAUCUACUGAAGGAUCCACACUGUAAACUACACAAACUACAUAUUGAGUCUCAGUGAUAUCAAUCAUCUACAAGAGCUACAGAUGACAAAUCAAACAACAGACUUCAGUUAUAAAGUAGAAGAUCUGCUUACUGCCUCCUACUGGACAAACAUCAGCAGUGAGACAUCAGAGCUCAACAUGAGAGACGUCUGUUAGAGUUAAACACACAAACAUGUGGAUGAAGAUCUGCAUUCAUAAUCCAGCAGAAGAGUUUAAUGAAGUUCAAUGCUGUUUGUGUUGUGGAUAUGAUUCUUAAACGCUGAUAUAUGACACUCAGUGUAUCUCAUUCUGUCGCAUCUGAUGCUGUUUAAAGUCUUCUGAGCUCUGCUGAUGCUUCAUUACCUGUAGAUCUUCAUCAUCAUCAUCAAAACAGUUCAUUCCUAUGGAUAUAUUCUCAACAAUGAUGACAGACUGACCAAUUAGAUACAGGCUUUAGGUCAUGUGACUAAAUAUUCCUUAUAGAUGUUUAUACUGCUCAUUUCUGUUCACACUGUCAAUCCAAAUCUGAUUUUGGUGCAUAUCCGCUCUGAUCGCAUUUGUGUAGCUUUUCAGUUACGUCAUGCUGUCGCGUCAUGUAAAACAUAAACAUGCUAUAGACCAGUGGCGUGCACAGACCUCCUCAGGGGCAGGGGCUGACGGACUUAAAGGGCAUAAUUUUUUAUGUCAAAUAACAAUCAAAUGUAUUUAUUACUUUGGUGUUUUUAUUCUUUCUUUCCUUGGCAUUAUUUAAAUAAUGUUGUAACAAAUGAAUAACACAUCAAACUUAAAUAGAGAAGUUAGGAAAAUAUUAUUUACUUUCGCUAACAAAACAGCGAGAAUCAAGUUUUGAGGACUUAAUUUUCAUGUUGUAAACUUUAUAUGUGUAUAUGUAUAAAAGUGUUAGCAAUCAUUAAAUCAGCAAGUUAACCGAUCUAUCACAGUGUUUUAAUUGCUUAUUUCUUUGAUUAAAUGUCUCACUUACAAAAAAAGAAACAAUAAGCUUAACCAUUUGAAAUGAUUCCUAAAACCUAUUUUUCAUAGCUAAAACACACUGCUUUGUUAGUUUAGCACACCAUCAAAACACGACAAAUAGUGGGAUUAAUAUUUUUGCUCCAAACUAACUUUAUAGCAGAUCAAGUGUUUUGAGCUGAUGUGGCUUCAGAUCGCAAAAUGAAACAGAUAAUACACUCUUUCUUUUUGGUAUUCUGCACAGUGCUAAAGUUGCAUUAUAAUAAAUAAAUAUAACGUUACUGUAUUAUGAAAAUACCCAACAUGACCGGAACAACACAGAUAUACCAUAUAUAAUCCCCAUUAAG